AUGAUGCAAAAGUCAAUGUCCGUUUUGGCACUCGCCGCCGGUACUAUGGCUGCUGGUUCCUCGUGCCCGAGCAACUCGCCCCUGUCGUGCCACAACACCACCGCCGUCGUGGAUACGUGCUGCUUUAUUCCCACCGGCCAGCUGCUUCAAACGCAGUUCUGGGACACUAGCCCUCCCACCGGUCCUUCAGACUCGUGGACUAUUCACGGUCUCUGGCCCGACAACUGCGACGGCAGCUACCCCGCGCAGUGCGACGCCGACCGCGCCUACACCAACCUGACGGCCAUCCUGCAGGCCAACGGCGCCGACGACACGCUCGACUACAUGAACCGGUACUGGAAGGACUACAAGGGCGACGACGAGAGCUUUUGGGAGCACGAAUGGGGCAAGCACGGCACCUGCAUCAGCACGCUCGAGCCGUCGUGCUACGGCAACGCGUACCGCGACGGCGAGGAGGCGGCCGAUUUUUUCACGCGCACCGUCGGCCUCUUCAAGACGCUGCCGACGUACCGGUGGCUCGCCGACGCGGGCAUCGAGCCCUCGGACAGCAAGACGUACGACGCCGCCCAGAUUCAGAGCGUGCUGGCCGGGCAGCACGGCGCCCAGGUGACGCUCGGCUGCAAGAACGGCGUCUUGAACGAGGUCUGGUACCACUUCAACGUCCGCGGCUCGCUCCAGGACGGCGAGUUUGUGGCGGCGGCGCCAGACGGCGCAAAGAGCAAGUGCAAGGGCAAGGUCCGGUACACGCCCAAGUCUGGCGGUGAUGACCUUUGA